UGUGGUCCGGUGUGGUCCUGUCGCCAAAGGGGGAGACGGAGGGGCACAACAGGAGCCUGACGCUUUUCGGGAAACGAUGCGGUGGACCCCGAAUCUGCCUGCUAACGAUUUUUCGGUCAAUUUGCAACGUCUCAAGCUGACCACGUUGAUGAUGCAUAUGUGUCAUCCCCGACAUCUCGCAGUGGUCAUUGCUUCCUCCCCAAAUCUAAGAGAUCUGACCUUCCUUGCGCCAAAUGUGGAAACGCGAACCAAUGCAGAAGUUUUAGCAGACUGGGAAAACUUCCAAGAUGCGAUCAACGAGUUGGGAGGCAUGAACCAGAUUGAGUCCCUUGCUCUCCAGGACUGGGAUCUCAUCCCAAAUGUGGAAAUGAAAAAUUUAAGAACGGUAAAACUUUUCGUGCGAGGAAUAUCCAACGUCCCUCAAUCUCAGAAAAUCACUUACACCACAAUGUUUCGACAAGUCACCACAGUGCAGGUUUACUUACGUCUACCACUUCAAACUUUUGGGGAGAACGCUGCCAUACACCGCUUCAUGAAUCGGUUUCCUUCCACAAGAACGGUUCUUGUUCAUUACCAUACGGCAGAUCCAAUACUCAGAGACAGUAUUGAGGAAGGAUUGCAAGACCUGUCUCAUCACAUCGAUGCAAGCGACGCCCUCUUCAACCCCACGGACUGCCUGGUUAAUGAAAAUGUGGAAAACCUUCACAUCUUCAACCUCCGAAUUCUCGAGUUUGAAGGCGACCCUCUUCAAGCACCCGUGUGGAAACCACUCCCAAAUUUCACCAAAGUUUACCCAAACGUGAAAAACUUUACGAUAUCGGUGAUUCCACAGGAGGACAUUUAUUUCAUAAUGAUGUCGAUCAUGUUCAAAUUGGAAGACGUGUUCCUCAUUGCGCAAGAAUGGAAGGAUUUGAGGGAUAUUUCCGUGUCCUUGUCAGGCCUUCGAAGCCUUGAGAUUCUCAAAGCUUUCAGCCGGACUGGAUUCAUGAAUCGAAUUCAAAAUGUGACGCUCGACCUGGUUUUGGCUGACACCGAAUACGACAUUUACAUCCGGAAUCGGAAGUCUAUCAAAACUCAGGACAAAGCUUUGAUGUCCGCGGUCAUAAUGGGCGGGUCGAGGCUGCAGUCAUUCAAACUGAGUGGGUUUCAGGGGCGUCUUCGUAACCCUCGUUCCACACGUACCUUUAUGCAGAAAGUGGCCCCACGCUUGGAAAAUUUAUCUUUGGAGAAGGUCAACUUCGACGAGUUGUCAGAGACCGGGUCCACUUUGGCGAAGAAUCUUAGAAUCAAAUUGUAAAAAUUGACCAGAAUUCCGUUAAAAUUUUGUAAAUGUCAAAAUGUAUAAAAUCCCGAUAAUCUCAGUUUGACCAGAAUUCCGUUAAAAUUUUGAACCAAUGAGUAAGUAUGUCAAAAUGUACUAAAUCUCAAUAAUCUCAGUUUUCCCUACGAAUCAAUCCUAAUUAAAAGUCUGAAGCUAUUUAAUGAAUAAAA